AUGGCUUUCCCGCAAAAAGACCUCGCUGUUCUACUCGAUCUCAAGAUUCGCCCGCUGUCGCACAACGACAACCGGAGCGAUGAAGAUAUUAUCCAUUCCAUCCUUAACCCCCCUCCUGUCACCGCGGAAGAGAACGUAUGGGCAUUCUGGGACAAGGGCUACAAUGCCAUGCCACCUUGGCAAAAACGCAAUGUCUUAGGUUGGGCUCGGAAUCUUGGCCCAGGUUGGGUCGUACGAGUUCUUGACCUAGUUCAUGAGUCGCCAGCCAACAUUUUCAAUUUCCUCGAUGGGGAGAAUCUGCCGAGGCAUCUCAAUACCGGACGAACAACGGGGCGGUAUGCAGGUGCAAAUACAUCAGAUACCAUUCGCCUACCAUGCGUCUACCAGCACGGAGGGGUAUGGAUGGAUGUCGGCAUUAUGCUUUUGAUGCACCUGGACCAAGUCUGCUGGGGCGCGUUGAAAGACCCCAAGAGUAAAUUUCAAGUUGCCGUUGCCUCUGCAGACCCGACAAUGAAGUCAGGUGUUGCGGAGAAUUUCUUUAUCGCUGGUCGCAAGGGCAACGGCUUCAUCAAGAGGUGGAUGAUGAUAUUACUUGAAGCUUGGUCUGGGAGGAUGAAUAACAAGGGGAUCCAUGCUCAUCCUUUGUUCCACCACUUGGUCCGAGACGGCAAUAUUACACAUGUCUUUCAAGGCUCCAAUGGGGACAAGUUGGACUACUUCCAGGGAUACCUGGCAUAUGAGCGUCUUCGGCUCCUUGAAGAUCCUCAUGAUGGAUUCAGUGGCCCAAGUUACUGUAAAAACCGGGUUCUCUUGAUCGACUAUAGAGAGUUUGCAGCUGGCGCCAUGUUAACCAAUGAUUCUGGACCGAGACAACUGCAGCUCUUUCGUACCCGGUAUGAUCAGGACCGGAACUCGAAAGAAUUUCAAGAAGCAAAGAAAUUCUUUGCCCACUUGUUAUCAAAUGCGGCCAUGCUGAAACAGUAUCACUGGAGGGACCAUGACGUUCCUACCCUAGCUGAUCUCUGGGACAAACCAGAGUAUCACGAGUAUGAUGCAAUGCCCCAUACUUUUGGCUCAUAUUUGAGACACAUAAGUUCAAACUACACCCAGGACCGCACAGUUGUGGGCCUGAAGUUCCCUCCAGUUAGGGAGAAGGUUUUGGUAGCUGGCGUCUUGGAAACAUUCGAUGAUUAG